AUGAUGGGCUGGUGGUCUAGCUCGGCCAACACGGCCCUGGAUGAGCAGAUCGAGAAAGCGACCAGCAGCAGCUUGGAAGAUAUUGCCUUGAACCUCGAGAUCUCUGAUGUCAUUAGAUCAAAGACGGUUCAGCCCAAGGAGGCCAUGCGCUCCCUCAAAAGGCGCAUCGGCAACAAGAACCCAAACACCCAGCUGAGCGCCCUUAACCUUACCGACACGUGCGUCAAGAAUGGCGGCACCCACUUCCUCGCCGAGAUCGCCUCCCGAGAGUUUAUGGACAACCUGACCUCCCUCCUCAAAGCCGUCGGUCCCGCCGCCGUCAAUCACGAAGUCAAGCAGAAGAUCCUCGAGUUGAUACAGUCCUGGGCUGCCGCUACUGAGGGCCGCCACGAACUUGGAUACAUCGGAGAGGUCUACAAGACGUUGCAGAGAGAAGGCCACCACUUCCCUCCCAGAGUCACCGUCUCCAGGAGCAUGAUCGACAGCAGCGCGCCCCCGGAAUGGGUCGAUUCAGAUGUCUGCAUGCGAUGCCGUACUCCCUUCACCUUCACGAACCGAAAGCACCACUGCCGAAACUGCGGUAACUGCUUCGACCAGCAGUGCUCCGCCAAGUCGAUCCCCCUCCCUCACCUCGGCAUCCUGCAGGCUGUUCGUGUCGACGAUGGCUGCCACGCGAAGCUCACGGACAAAUCGUCCGGUUCCAAGGGAGGCGCGCCCCCGCCACUUACCCAAGACCGAUCUCCCACAUACCCUUACAAGACUCGCAGUACGUCUGCCAUGCAGCCGCGGAAUGCGCGCGUCGACGACGCCUUUGACGAGGACCUAAAGAAGGCCCUGGCCAUGAGCUUGGAGGAGGUCAAGAACUACUCUAAGGGUUAUGUGCCUCCCACUGCGAACGGCCCUUCGGGCGCUCAAGUCAACGGUAACUCUACAGCUGCUCCGACCAACGGCGCGGAAGAAGAGGACGCCGAUCUCAAGGCCGCGAUUGCCGCUUCGCUAGCCGAUAUGGAGGAGCAGAAGCAGAGGCACGCGGCGGUCUUGAAGGAGCAGACGUCAAGCGCUGGACCGUCAUCGACGCAACACUUCUCAUUGCCCAAGAACGACUACGAGCUUACCCCGGUUGAGGCCGAGAACAUCAACUUGUUCGCCACUCUCGUCGACCGAUUGCAGACUCAGCCUCCUGGCACUAUUCUUCGAGAGCCGCAGAUUCAGGAGCUCUACGACAGUAUUGGUACUUUGCGACCGAAGCUGGCCCGCACUUACGGAGAGACUAUGAGCAAACACGACACUCUACUGGAUCUCCAUGCCAAACUUUCUACUGUCGUUCGAUAUUACGACCGUAUGCUGGAGGAGCGUCUCUCUAAAGCCUACAACCAACACGCUAUAGGAGGCGGCUACAAUCUCCCUUCCCAUCGCCAGUCCACUGGAUCUUAUCCCUCUCUCCAAGCGAGUGCGCCUGGCCAUGCGGAGAGCUUUUAUACUGGCGAGCGGAUGGAUUACGCCCAUGCGCCGCCUCCUCAGGCUUACCAGCAUGGACAACACACUCCCCAACCUCAAUAUGCCACCUUUGAUAAACGCGCUACCAUUUCCGGUCCUCCGGGAGGCGCGUAUCCUCACCAGGAACCUCAACGAACAGAUAGCUGGAGAAGCGGCGGCGCUCCUCCUGCCCCUGAGCAGUACGCACAGCAACCAUCGUAUCCCAGCGAGCCUGCACCUCCGGUGAAUCACCAGAACCAAUCUGGACAGCCCGCGGGGACACCCUCCACCGACCCAAAUGCUUCUUACUACUUCAAUCCCCAACAGCCUAGCGCACCCCCUUCCGCUCCGCCUACCGCAGACCCAAACCCCUCUCCGUACCCCAAUCUUCAGCAAUCAAUGCAAUACAGACAGCCCGUGUCUCACCAGCAGACACCCGUCCAAGCACCUGCCCAGCCAGCUCAGCCUACGCAACAACACCAACCUCCGCCUCAACAGCAGAGCUACUGGCAGCCGUCACAACCGCAGCAAUCAGCGCCACCCCAGCAGCAGUGGCAGGGCCAGUACAACAGCGGCUACACCCAGGAAUCGUUCCCGAACGCGCCACAGCACGCACCCAAGCAGCCGGCAGUGGAGGAGAGUCUAAUUGACCUUUAA